UUCCUAACUUAGCUUCUAUUCCCUUCAUCGUCUUUAUUCACUUUCCACUCCGCCAGUACAUUAAAUUACAUUAUCAAUAAUGAUUCAGAGAUGCAUCCUCUGUUUCUCUCCGGAGAAGCAGGAAACAGGACAGAGGUCGAGGAAGAAACAUGAUUAUCCAUGGGAAAUCUACUCCUUGAGGGACCUGAUGCUUGCGACCAGAAACUUCCACGAGGAGAACAAGCUCGGAGAGGGUGGUUUCGGCGCAGUUUACCGGGGAGUAACUCAUAAAGGAGAAGAGAUUGCCGUGAAGAGGCUGAAGUCGAUGACGGCGAAGGCGGAGAUGGAGUUCGCGGUGGAGGUGGAGGUGUUGGGGAGGGUGCGGCACAAGAACCUGUUGAGUUUAAGGGGGUUCCACGCCGGCGGUGAGGAGAGGUUGAUCGUGUAUGAUUAUAUGCCCAACCAUAGUCUGCUCUGCCACCUGCACGGGGGCCGUUCCGGCGAGCUCCUGUUGGAUUGGCCUAGGAGGAUGCACAUCGCCAUUGGAGCCGCCGAAGGACUUGCGUACUUGCACCACGAGGAGACUCCCCACAUCAUCCAUCGCGACGUGAAAGCCAGCAACGUCCUCCUCGACGCCAACUUCACCGCUAAGGUCGCCGACUUCGGCUUCGCCAAGCUGGUGCCGGAGGGUGCCACCCAGAUGACAACCAACGUCAAGGGCACCGUCGGCUACCUCGCCCCGGAGUAUGCCAUGCUCGGCAAGGUCUCCCAUCGCUGCGACGUCUACAGUUUCGGCGUCCUGCUCCUCGAGAUCGUCACCGCGAGACGCCCUAUAGAGAAGCUCCCAGGCGGCACCAAUCGCGACAUUGCCGACUGGGCCACUCCUCUCGCCGAGCGCGGCGCCUGGGACCGCCUGGCCGACCCCAGGCUCCUUGGCCAGUUCAACCGCGCCGAGCUCCAGAACGCCGUCGUCGUCGCAUUGCGCUGCGCCGAAGCCUUACCGGGGAGACGGCCCACUAUGAAGGAGGUGGCCGAGCUUCUGCGGCAGGUUCCGAGGCGGACGAAGGAGGUACCGACAGCAGCGCCAGUAGACGCGGAGGAGGAAGUGAGAAUAUAUAAGCGAGGAUGAUAAGCAUAAUAUAUCGAAAGGAAUGGUGCAAAUUCAAAAACUACCUCAAUAUUAAUCAAAUAAUUAAUAA